UUUUAACAAAGUGAUUUUUAAUAUGUUUUACUAAGUGUUUUAUAUACGAACGUAGAAGUGCCUUCAAGUUCAUGGUGCUUUGAUUAUCUUAAAUAUGGAUGAAUCAUUUUUACAUUUAUACAAUGCACAGAAUGCUAUAGCAAUUUUAGAUCAAAAUUCUACUGACAGAGCAACACAAUAUACAGUUUUAAAGUUCGAGUUAAAUAAUGUUAAAGCACAUGAUUUACACUUGCCAUAUUCGGAUUACAAGAAAUUAUUAGAACACCUGGAAGCGGAUUUAAGUUCUGACAGCUCUAACAUACUUUUGUUCCAUACUUUGAAUUCUUUAUUGGCUUGUUCUAUUUCUCAGGAUGAAAAAAUUCCCAUUGGAUCUCAUCGUAAAAUUUUGGAUAUCAUUUGUAAAGAAAUUAAAAAUGAAAGUCCUACUGAGGUUACAACCUACUUGAGGAUUAUCUCCCUUUGUUUGAGUGCUGAUUUAUAUUUUUACUUGGUUGAAAUGAAUCCUGAGGCCUUUGCUCAAAUAUUUAAGAAAUGCAUUGUAGCCGAUCAAGAAAUAAAGAUUUUAAUUUUAGAGACAUACAGCAAACUAUAUAUGGAUGAUAUGAUUAGUCUAACAGGAAUCAUAUCUUUGAUUAAUUUGACAAUAAAUGACCUAUUAAUACAUGUAUUUCCAAUUAUGUUUGAGGAACCUAAUGAUCUGAGGGUUUGUGCAUUAAAUUUGAUGUCAAAAUUGGUACCUGCUUUUAUUAAAUCAAAUUAUCGAACACAUCCGGAGUGGAUAAAUAUAAAACAACAUUUAACGAAUAGGUAUAGCAAUACAAUUAAGAAUCUACUAAUAAAUGAUAGUGAUUUAUGGCACAAAUCUUGGAUAUUGGUAGUUAUGCUGCUUUCACCAGAAAUUAAUAAAAGUUCAAAUAUUAUGAACAAAUUACUUUCAAUAAUUGAAGUGGGACUAAAAACUCAAACACAAAUUGCAAAUACAUGGGAUUGCUGGAAGGUCCUAAUAACUAUAUACAGUGAAUCAUCUGGUAGUGGUCAGGGAAUACAGAAUCCAAAAUAUAUAAAACUGUUAUCGUGCCCAUUCAAAAGACAAUUAAAAUAUAAUACUGCUUUUGAUAGAAUGUUUGAUACAUGGAUUCACCUGUUUGCAAACAUACCAAGAGAACAAUUUGAUGAAAAUUGUGAUUUGCUUGUUAGACCUUUUAUAGAAUUCAGUUUUGGUGUUAACACAACUGAUACUUUAAAAGUGAAAGAGCUAGUUCCAAAGAUUUUUUUUGUCUUUGUACAAAUGGUAGGCCACAGUUGUGAAGGGGAAAAAUGUUUAUCACACAAUUCCACUGCAAGUUCGGUACCACAUAAAAUAAAUGGAUAUUUGGCUUCCUAUAAAGUUUUUAAUACAUAUUGGAAAGAAAUUUUACAAUGUUCUGGUGAUAUGAUCAAGAAUUUAAUGAAAUUAAAUCCACUAGAGUACAAAUGGUCUGACAUUGCAAGUUGUGUUUGGAGUAGAAUGUUGAAGCUAAUAAACAUGCAUUUUUUAAACUCUGAAAAAAUUUCAGAAGUGCAAGAGGAGUUGCUGCGGAUUCUAAGUUUGCUUGUUGUGAUGUCCCAAGGCAACAAUCAGUUGGCAUCUGUUUGUCUUCAAUCUCUUUUAACAAAAACUGCUGAAGAAUUUUCUCAGAAAUUGAACUUCAAAGAAAAUAAAUAUGAAUUCAAAUUCAUAGAUUUAAUUACCCUGCCAUGUAUGGUGUCAUGUCUUGGAAAUGAUUCAUUAGUUCCAGUCUAUAAGAAUUUGUUAUUAAAUUUUCUGAGUGAUGUGUCAUCAAUGAAGUUUGCUUGCAGUAAAAUUUUAAAUUUGAUUAAAAAUAUGACCGCUGAAAACCCUGUUCCGAAUAUUACAUAUGAUCUGUUUUGUGAGACAGUGGUUGACAAAAUCUCUGGGGCUGGUAAUUUUUUUACCAAUAAUAUUGAGGAUAUAGCACAUAUUUUAACACAGUUUAUUGUGUUUCCAUUUGAACAUAAAAACUAUUUGAGAAUGAAAGAUAACACAAUAGAAAAUUUAAAUAUGUUGCAUGCAAAAUGCUGCUCAGAAAAGGUAGACAAAGUUGUCGCAGCAAAAAUCAAUGCUGAAAUUGCCGUAAAGUUAUAUUCAACAAAUGUAAAAUCACCUUUAGACACAUGUGAAAAAAGGCACAGGAAGAAUUUAUUUGUUCUUUGCAAUAAUGUAAUUUUAAACAUUUUUGCUACAGUGUUGGAAAGGAUAGAAUAUGAUGCUGAAAGUAUUUCCAUAUUUUUGAAAUUGUGCAGUCAGAUGAUCAUUUUCAUGAAGAAAUCAAGCAAUUCUGUUUUUGGAGAAUUUCAAUUUGGAAGUGAAGAUUUUGAAAAAUCCCUAAUCACCAUAGAAAGAUUAUGCUCGAUUUUGAAAAGCUUGAAUGUCAUUACGAUAGUAAAAUGUUUACAAGAGUUUGUUGCUGUAUUUGACAAUAUUUUAGAAAUUCGAGAAAUUUCUGAGCUUAGUAAAUUCAAUGUAUCUGUCACAAAUACAGUUGAUGAUUUAUGCAAAUAUUAUAUAAAUAACUAUCAAAUAAAACUAAAUGAAAAUAAAAGUUUUGAUAAAGUAUUGAAGUCUUUUAUACCAAUUUUCAAGAAAUUUGCAAUUGAUGAUAAAAAUAUAAAAGAAAUAAGUGCAUUAAUUCAAAGUGGUGAUACACCUUCUACAACUCCUAUUCGCACGCCAACAAUUUUUGGAAAAAGCCCUGGUUUGAUAAAUUCAAGACAUUCUCCUAAUUGUGGUACUCCUAAAUCAAAGAAAUGUCUUGAAGAUGAUUUUAUAGUUGUUCCAAAAACACCAGUCCGAAAACCUCAAUAUACUGAGAAGCAAAAGGAAAAAAUGAAAGAGCGCAGUGCUGAUAUUCCUUCUUUGUAUAAUGAGCUAUCACAGCAAUCACAGGAUUGCUCCUCCAUUACGACUAAUAAUACUAUUUUCACACAAAGCUGUCCUGAACCUGAAAAUGUGUCUAUAUUAGAAUUAUCUACUAGUGAGUUUGAGAAAAGUGAACUUGAUAAAAAUACUAGUAAAACUGGUAGUUUUUUCAACAAUGAAUUUUCUGAUCUAGAAAGUGGAAUAGAACAUUUUGAUAAAUGUCAUGAAUCUGUAAUAUCUAAUAAUAGUGUAGUAAAUAUAUUUAUUAAUAAAAGUAAAUUGGACGACAUAACUAACAAACCUACGCCUGAUGAUCAUAUUUCAUUAAACUGCAAGAUUGGAAACAUGAAUGGUGGAGUUGUUGUGAAUGUGUGUGAUAUUGAUCUCAAGAAAAAUGUUGAAAAAUCACCUGAUUUAAUAUCUGAAUUGAAUGAUUCGGAUAAGGAAAAGAAAAGUAGUUUAGGUAAACAUUCAAAUUUCAAUGGUAAAAAUAACAAAAAAAGGAGUAGAGAUGUUUUUGAUACAAGUGAUUCGGAUUCUAACAAGUCGAAUCAUGAUAGUAAGAAGUAUCAUAUUGAUUCAGAGAAGAAUUCUGAAGCAAAAAAUGGUUUUAAUAAAAAAUCUCCGUCAACUGAUAAGUCUAGUUUAAAAAAUAAUAGCUUGAUCACCACAGGAAAUACUGAAGAAAAGAAGAAUGCAAAGAAGAAACUGAAAAACAAACCUCAUAAUGAUUUGAAGAAAAAUUCUGAAAAACAAGCAACUAUUGAUAGAAAAAAGACAACUAAUUCAGAAAUUAACACAGAAGUUUCAAAAAUUGACAUAUCUCCAAAUAGUAACAAAAAAACACAGAUCAAAGAAGGUGAAGAAUCUAAUAGUAAGAAACAUUCUUUGCAAAAAGACAAUAACUGUUCAAGCAAGAAUAAUAAAAAAGAAACAAAUUCUAGUGGUGAGCAACAUCUUAAGAAAUCUAGCGAGAAUAAUUCAGAUGAAAAGAAAAAGUCAAGAAAGCAUAAAAUAAGUGAGUCUGAAUCAUCAGAAGCAGAUUCAGUCAAUACAGGCUCGAGACGAUUGCAAUUUGAAUUAAAACGAAUAUCAAUGGACAUAAAAAAUAAUGAAAAUUUUGUUAAUUUAGGUAACAGAAGAUCAAAAACUACACCUCAAAAAUUACCUUUACUAAGAACAGGAAAAAUUAGAAAAGUAAAUAUUGAAACUAAGAAGCUCAAAAAACCUACCAACAACAAUAAAAAAAUGAAUAAGAAUAAAAAUGAUACCAGUGAAUUAUUAAACACAAGCAAUAAUUCAGAUAAUAUUGAUGAAAUUGAAUCAUUUGAAGAGCCUAAGUGUGAAAUAACUGAAAAUGAUUUGAAAAACAAACCUUUAUCAGAUCAAAGCAAAGUGCUAAACUGGUUGGAGAACUCUUCUAAAAAUGAUGAAUGCAAUUUGCAAACUAAAAUAGUUUCAAACAAAACUGUAAAUGUUUCUGUUAUAGAGGAGGACAAUAUAUCAACAUUAAAAAAUAAGAAUAUGUCUUCAAAGAAAGAAAACACGUCGAUAACGAAUGAAAAAAACAUAUUAGUGAUGAAUGGCAAAAAAUUAUCAUCAAAGGAAGAGGAAAAUACAACUCCAAAAAAAGAAAUGCAUUUAUCACCUAAGGUUGAGAAUUCAUCUCCCAGUCCUGAGCAUAAUUCUACAUCAACAAGACAACAGAAAUCAGAUACCAAUGGCAUGGAGUGGCAAAAUAUGACACCUAAACAAAAUAAUGAGAUUCAAACAUCUACGCCUAGGCCUGCAAAGGACACAGUUGCAGAUAAUGAAAACAUAAUUAAAGAUACUGAUGAUGAUUCUGAUAAUUUCCAAGAAUCAAUAGAGAUGGUUGGUAGUUCUCAGGAAUGUCCAAGUCAAAGCUUAUUCUUCAAGGAAGCUAUGAGAAUUAAUUCAAGCGUGCCUUUUAAACAUACUGAUUUAAGGCAAAUUAAUCAUACUAAUGAUGAAUGCAAAGAAGCAGACACUAAAUCAGGAAAAGUAAAAAAUUCUAUUCCAAUGAUUGUCUUACAUGAUGCAUUUGAUCUAAAGAAAGGAAAAAAUGGGGUUAAUGAGAUUAAUGAAAAUGCUGGUUUGAAACAACUAAGUUCCUUAGAUACCAGCAACUUAAAUACAUCCAGAAUUAUAGCGUCGCCUGAGCAGGAAGAUGCUGAUGAGCGAAACAAUCAGCUUCUUAAUAAUACCUUAGAUAUAUCGCCCAUAAGAAUAGAUGGACCUGUGCCAGAAAUACCAUCUGCAGCAAAAGAAUCUGCAUCAACAGAGUUGCUUGUUCCAAGUGCACAAAAUAAUUUACUUGCAAUGAAUAAUAGCAGCAGCCCAUUAACACAUAGAUCUCGCUUACUAUCCUCAUCUGCAAACAAAGGACCAAAAAGUCGUAGCGCGCACAUGCUCGGCUUGUGCAACCGCGAAGCCCCGAUUGUUGAAUCUAAUGGCCCAUUGCACAGUCCAGUUACAAAACAAAGAGAGUUGACAUUCUCAAAACAUAUUGAUUCGCCGUCCACGACGAAUUUGAGAGCUGCCAAGUUAUUAAAAUUAUCUGACAAAGAUCUGCUGACAUUUAAAAAAGAUGUGCCUUCUCCUCAUGCAAGCCCUUCUGCUAGUAUUCUAAAAAGAGGGGCUAAAAGAAAACUGGCUGAUGAUGUUGAUGCAGAUAUUCCACCUAAUAAGUCAAAAAGAGUAAGUUUCAAUGAUCCAAUAUUUACUACAAAGUAUCUUUUGAAGGAAUCAGUCUCAUCACCCCAAGAUGUUGACAAUUCUACCCCCUGUGUUCGAAAGCAAUUGAUAGCUGAUGAGAAGUUUGUCAUGGAUCUUAAUAAUGACAACAUGGAAUUGUUUUGUAAACCAAUUACAGUAGAAGAUGAUUUUUCUAAAGUUACAGUUCCAGACUCUGAAGAAAUUAUGGGUAUUGAAAAAGAAAUUGAAAUGGAGAAAAUUAAUCUUGCUGAACAAGAAACACAGAGCCAAGUUGACACUUUAGAUCCUCUGGAAGAUAAUGUUUUUAGUGAGGAAAAAGGAGAUACUGAGACACAAGCAGAGAACAAUACUGUAGAAUUUUCUCCUACCAUAAGAUCAAAAUCCAUUUUUCCUGAAUUAUUGACUUGCUUAGAUCCUGUUGGUGAUUGCAUUGAUAACAUUGUCUUGAAAACAAAACCAGAAGUUGUUCAAAGGUUUAGAGAAAAGUUAUACACAAUCAGUGAUUUAGCUCGCUUAACAUCAACAGAAGUAAGCAAAGCUCCACUAAGAUCUCCAAAAAUUGCUAAUCUAAAGCGAGUUUUGCGCAAUUAUGCAAGAAAAAUACAGAAUUCUGAGUCAAUGUCAGACAAAAAUGAUAUUGAAGAUGAGAUCUGUGCUGAUGUAGAAAAAUUGCAACAUAAUGACAUUAUUGAAAAUAGUAAAAAAGAUUGUGAAGUUAUAGAUAGUGAUCUUAAAGAAAUACCUGAUUCUGAAUUAGUCUCUACGCAAGUUUGUGAAAUUCUAGACAAUGAAUAUGCCAAACACACUGAAAAUCAAUUGCAUAAGUCAACGACUUAA